AUGGUCAGCAUGGGAUCUCUCCCCGCGCGGGUGGGGGGAGGUGCAGUCGAAGCUUCGCGCGGAAACGCCGUCAGCUGGCCAGGGGCACGGCCAAGCGGGAAUUGCGGAGCGGAGAAGCCCGGGGCCUGUCGAGGGGUGCGGAACGGCGCCCUCCCCCCUCUCGCGGGCAGAAAAUCGCUCAAAGUCAGUGCGCGCAUGGGAUCCGCCAGUCCUGACCGUGGCUGUUACCGCCGCGCCCGGGGCCAUUCCGCCGACCGCGACGACCCCCAUAUCCAGCCGACUGCGGAUGUGGCGGGGACGGCUCGCGGCGAGCAGAAUCCCAGCGGUGCCCAGGAGAUCCCCUCCCCCGCCUCGCCGGAGAUCGCCGUAGAGAGCGUCGCGCGGGGGAUCGCGCUCGCGACGAACGCCUAUUUUGACCCCCGUGCCCAUCUGGAUGAUGCUGAGGAGAGUGGUGCUGGGGGGAGCGAUGGCGCGCGGGAGAUCGCUGGGCGCCCGCUCCGUUACGAGGAGGAUCGCGCCGCUCAGGAGAACGGCGACGAGGAGAUCGCUGCAGCGGAGGCUGACGCUGCGGGGAACGUCCGCGCCCCUGAUCCGGCUGGCCAGCGAGGCGGUUUGACGCGACCCGAGCAGGGGCCCACGAGUACUCCGGCGAGGUGGGCCACGGGACCCCCCGAAGAGGAAGGGAGAGGCCGCGCUCAAAGCGGCGAAAGGGCUCACUCGCGGAGGGGCGCGCGGGGAGACGUGAACGAGGACCGGCAGGCUCCUGCUCCUGCUGUGCGCUCUCCGCUGUACCCUCCAGUGCAGGAUCGUGACCCGCGGUCGGAUCCAUUACGCCCGAUACUACUGCCGCCGACGCCAGCGCUCCGUCAAAGAGCGAGCGAUGUCGCCGCCGAUCCUCCAACAAGGCGCGCGGGGGCCGCAAGAGGAAGAGAAACGCGGGGAAUUCGUGUGGGACGAGGCAGCAAUCGCCGCGGACGUGGGCGCGGCGCCACGACUCAGAGAAGAGGCGCAAGUAGCUUCGCUAGAGCAGCACAGCGGGCCCUGCGGCAGAGAGCUAGGGAGGGAGGGGAGACACUUGGUGACGAUUCUGGGAAUGGCUCAGCGGGUGAACCCUCCUUUAUCCUCGAAAGGGAGGGGAGUUCGAGUCCCUCGACAGAGGAAGAAGAGGUUGAACCAGCCCAAGGAGUGGGUGAAAUUCCAACUGGGGGCCGAACCGCAUCUGCAAUUCAAACCCCUCGAAAUCGGGCCGCGAGGGGAAACCGAGCCGCCACCAACGCUGGGGUUACCACUACCCCCGACACCCAUGCACCAAUCGUCAGCGCUGACGACCUGGCUGGCCGCCAGGACCUCUUCGCUGACAUCGCCAACUGGGACCUCUGCCCCCUGCGCGAUAGCAGACUGCCACCCCUCACCCGCCACCCACCCCGCCCACUUCGCGAAUCCUUCGCAAUCUGCCUCCUGACCCCAAUACUCCAUCUGGCGAAAAAUCCUGACUCGUCACCUGGUUGGAAGCUGCUGAUGUUUCUCCCGCGUAUCCUGCUGCGCUCCUCGUCAGCCCGCAAACCUGACUGA